UACAACAUUUUUGCUUCUAAUACCAGCAAGCUGCCUGUUGGCUCAGACCUUAUAUAAAUGUCAUUGAGCGUAUAGGGCUUUUCACAGGAUGAAAAUAAAACACAAACCGCUGCCAGGUCGAAUCGGUCGAAUAACAGAUGAUUUUCUGCAGCUAUUUUGAAAAGUUGUCGAGAGUUACUGCAGCCCGUUCUAGAAAAAAUCUGUAAAAUUCAGUUUUACAGGUAACAUCUAGCAACUGAAUCCUACUACUUGCUCGUGAUAGAAUAUUCGCUACGAUUAUAUAGCAAGAUGGCAGCUGCUCACUGGGAGCAGGAGAAUAUGCUCCGGUGCAGACUUUGUCUCGAGGAUGAGGUGGAGGAGUUGAUAUCCCUGUACUGCCGGUGCGAUACGCAGGACAAGCUGGUAGUAGAAAUGGUAAACGAUUUGGUACGAUUGGACCCUCCGCAGGAAACUGACAAGUUGCCACAGCACAUAUGCGAUCGAUGCCUCAUCCGGCUGGACACGGCCUAUUCCUUCCAACAGAAGUCCCGAAAUGCAGAACAGGCUUUUAAACGGAUGUUGUUCGAGAAUGUCGGCGCCGAGCAUGGUGGUGUGUGCUGCCGAGUUUGUCAGCGGAAUGAUGUGGAUGAAUUGAUUUCAGUGUUUUGCGUUAGCGGUGGCGAAGAUAAGCUGGUUGCUGAUAUGAUGAAGGAAGCCUGCGGCUUAAUACGCCCGGCAGAGGACGAUGGUCUGCCUCAGAAUAUUUGUGGAGAGUGUUUCGAAAUACUGUCUACGACGUACACCUUUCGGGAUACGAUUCUAAAAUCGGAUUUUACGAUCAGAAAGAACAUGGUAAAGGUAGAGGUGGUAGAUAAUGGAACAGAGCUGAACACGGAAAAGUUGAUUAAGCAAGAGGAAGACGUUCCUGGGUCGAAGAAAAGGCAUAAAUUGCCACCACCGCUACCGCAACCGAAAGUUGUUCCACAGAAUGAUGAGGAUAAGGACCCAUUUAUCUAUUUGGAUGCCACGGAAGUAGAAGCGGAACGACUGAUGCCACUGUUCCUUUCCACCGAAGAUGCGGAAUAUUAUGAACAGUUGAUAUUCUUCGGUAUUAUUUGUUGCUGUGGAAAACUGAUGGAGGACGAUCGCGAAUGGGGUGAACAUCGCGCGGCUGUUCAUACAACUAAAGAUGGUGCAGGAAGUUACAGACACAAAUGCAACGACUGUCUUAGGCGUUUCCAAUAUGCUUCGGAUCUGAUAGAGCAUCUAGAAAAUCGGGACAAGAAGCUAUUCUAUCGUUGUAAGAUUUGUAACAUUCUGACAAAGGACAAACGAACCUUGCAGAGUCACUUCGAGUUCACCCGGUUCCAUCCUUUCCUAGAUGAAUCCGAGACAGAUCGAUUAAGUUUCGAUGAAAAAGUCGAGACAAUGUAUGAAUCACUUGGUAAUUGCUGUGGCUGUUACGAAGAAUUCGAAAAUGGCGAAUCUCUUCUCAGUCACACCCAGCUGAUGCACUUUCCGGAUCGGGAAGACCAUCCCAUGUUUCAGUGUAUGAUUUGCUACAACAGUUUUUCAGACAAACAAUCUUUGCUCAAACAUCAGCUGGCUUCCAUUGGCACUACAACCUACGAGUGCCGUGCACCGGAGUGUGAAUUCCGUUCGAAACAACGCUCUGUUAUGAAGAAACAUAUCGAAGCCGGAUUACACUUGAACGUUGGUAUGCUCCCCGCGCCAGAACCAGAACCGGAAUUAACAGAGUUCUUCUGUUGCUUCCACGUGUGCAAUAAAACUUUCGAAAGUCGCGAUUCUCUUGAACUGCAUUGUAUAAACGACCACGCAGAACAGCGUAUAAGGAAUAGUAAUUUUACAGAGAAUAACACGAAAAACGUUUGUCCACUCUGUAUCCGCCAUUUUCCAUCGAAUAGUGCAUUCAAAAAGCAUCUACGGUUGCAGUAUGAUCGAAAGUACAUCUGUCCAACAUGUGGCCGCAAAUGUGUAACCCGUGAUUAUCUUUCCAAGCACGAAAAGAGCCAUUCACAGGUUAAGAUAGUGUUCCAGUGUGAUCAGUGCGAUUCCAGCUUCUCUAACAAGCACAGCUUGGUUGUGCAUAAGAAGAAAAUACACGCCCUAGUUUUUACAAACCUGUGCAACACGUGCGGGAAAAGCUUCGCCCUUAAAAGUUCCCUCAAGUACCACAUUGCAAACAAGCACUUGGAGACUCGGCCCUACAAGUGUACCAUUUGCUCGCGUGACUUCGGAGUGAAGCCCCUCCUGGACAAGCACAUGACUACCCACUCCACUGAACGUCCGUUCAAGUGUUCAUACUGCGACAACACCUAUCGCCACCAGAGUGAUAUCAAACGGCACGAAGACUCCGUCCAUUUGAACAAUAGGCCCUUCGUGUGCGACGUGUGUGAGGCGAGUUUCAUCCGUGAACGGGAUUUACGAGUGCACAUGACCAGGCACACCAAUGAGAGAUUCUUCAAAUGCACGGUGGCAAACUGUGACUAUUCGACGAACAUAGCCAAACGCUUGGAGGAUCAUUUGAACGCAAAACAUGAUGACACGAAGAUGACUCUCGAAUGAGGGAGGCGAAGAAUUCACAGUGAUCGGAUUUUAGCUAGUUUUAGUUUCGUAGUUUUAAAAUUAUUUGAGUAAUAUGCGAAUAAAUUUACAUUGAAUCAGAUUCACUUGUGCAAUCAUAUCACUAACACGACAUUUUUAAAACUCGCCCAACUCAGCGUAUUCUUUUAAAACAAUUUGCAGUGUAUUGUGAAAUUUUCUAAAUUUAUCCCAAGCAACAC